AUUUAGAUCUGGAAGCAUGUCAGGAUUCUUGUCCACUGAUUCGACCUGCAUUGCUGGUGUUUGUGUAACUGAUCAGACCUUUGCCGAGGCAACUCAUGAACCAGGAAUAUCAUUCGUAGCAGCUAAGUUUGAUGGAAUCCUUGGAAUGGGUUUCCCUCAGAUAUCCGUCCUUGGAGUCACACCUGUCUUUAACAAUAUGAUCGAUCAGAAAAGAUACAAUAAAUUAUCAACUUAUUUAAUCAAAUGGAUCUGUGUCCACUGCACCAUUGCAUUGUGUCAUGCACCCUUGGACCAGUUAAAUCAACAGUCGUCUAAUUGUUUCAUAAUUUUACGGGUCCCACUGUAUGAACCAAACAAAUUUAACAAAUCUUUUUCUAGGGAUCCUGAAGCUGAAAUUGGAGGCGAGCUUAUCCUUGGAGGUUCUGAUCCUAACUUCUUCACUGGAAAUAUGACUUAUGUUCCAGUUCAGAGGCAAGGAUAUUGGGAGAUUAAGAUGGACAGCAUAGAAUCCAAUAAUGUCGCCAUUGGUUGCGAGGGAAGUUGUACAGCUAUUGUUGACACAGGUUCCAGUCUAUUGGUUGGACCAACUGCACAGACAGACGCCAUUAACGAAAUGAUUGGUGGACUAGAGGUUAUCCCUGGCACAGGUCAAUACUGGAUUGUUUGUGAUAAAAUCGACCAGCUUCCAGAUAUUGAUUUUGUUAUUGCUGGCAAAACUUUUACACUUACCGGCCAAGACUACGUUCUUCAGAUAACCCAGCAAGGACAAACUCAGUGUAUUUCUGGAUUUAUGGGUCUUGAUGUUCCCAUGGGACCUUGGUGGAUCCUUGGAGAUGUUUUUAUUGGAAAAUUUUAUUCUGAGUUUGACAUGGGAAACUCUAGAGUUGGAUUUGCUGAUGCUGUUCAGUAAACUUGUAUUCUUGUAUUUUCCCAAUUCUAAUCUAUUCAAAAUAACAACAAAAAUACAUAUUUCAUCGCAAAA